UGGCGAAGGCGGGACGCGUGACGUAGGCCGACUGGAGCUCGAGCUGUUUAUUGUUCCUUCCCGUCGAGGAAAGAAAAGGGCUGGCUUAGCGGAGGCAUAUAUCACACACACUCAUCUCUACGGUUUUAGCUUCAAGGAGCCAUUUUAGUAAGGCCAAGACAGGUUGCUACAAGACCGGUUGGCCAUGGCGUACGCGUAUCUCUUCAAAUACAUCAUAAUCGGAGACACGGGUGUGGGGAAGUCGUGCCUAUUAUUACAGUUUACAGAUAAGCGCUUUCAGCCGGUGCAUGAUCUCACUAUCGGUGUUGAAUUUGGAGCACGAAUGAUCACUAUAGAUGGCAAACAGAUAAAACUUCAGAUCUGGGAUACGGCCGGACAGGAGUCCUUCCGCUCAAUCACCAGGUCAUACUACAGAGGUGCAGCCGGGGCUCUGCUAGUUUAUGACAUCACAAGAAGGGACACGUUUAACCACUUGACAACCUGGUUAGAAGAUGCUCGUCAACAUUCCAACUCUAACAUGGUCAUCAUGCUCAUCGGAAAUAAAAGUGAUUUGGAGUCACGGAGAGAGGUGAAGAAAGAGGAAGGCGAGGCCUUUGCCAGAGAACACGGACUGAUCUUCAUGGAAACUUCUGCAAAGACUGCAUCAAAUGUAGAAGAGGCAUUUAUCAACACGGCCAAGGAAAUUUAUGAAAAGAUCCAGGAGGGAGUCUUUGAUAUAAACAACGAGGCUAACGGCAUCAAGAUUGGACCCCAGCAUGCUGCCACCAACUCCACGAUUGGCGGCAGUCAGGGAGGACAGCAAGCCGGAGGGGGCUGUUGCUGAGCACUACCCUUUACCCUCCAGUCACCUCCACGUCCCCCUCCGCCCCUUACGUUUCUACUGAACUGGUCGGGCCCACUAACAUUUUCUUAACCUCCCACAGCCCAGGCCCCGGAUUCAAAUCAUAUGUUAGAUGGCUGUCCAAAACAAUACAACAAAAAAAAUCUAUUUAUAAAGUCCAGGUCCUCUUCAAACCUCCUGACAAACUCCUGAAGCCUGUUUGGGCUACAGCAAACAUUAUAUGGUUACUAGUAAAGAAAAAGACAGGAGCUUUGGAGUUAUUAUGGUAAAUAUAUUCAUGUUUGUUUCUCUGCAAAUUGUCUUUUUUUUUUUUUUUUUUAGUUUUGUUUUGCCCAUUUGACUUCAAGCUAAACUGUAUUAAAUGCUACAAAGUCAUCUAUAGUAUUUUAAUCAGUUUAUGUGGGUGCAUUCAAUGAAAACUGUGGCGAACCCUGAAGUCAAAAUAAAAGGAACGUAGAGCUGGUCUGAAAAAGGAACAGCUGUUAUCAAAGUGAAGAGGAAAAAAGCAGGACUGUUUUAAAUCUGUAUUUAUCAUUCACAUUCUGUAUAUAUAGUUAUCAUUUCUUGCUUUGGUGUACGUUGACCGAGCUAGAAUUCUGUACUGAAUUUGCUUAAAUUCUAUACUGUAUGUAUAGAGCUUGAAACUGCAGCAGUAUUGCGAUAUUUCCAAAACCCCUUUGACACCAUUUUAAGGUAAUCUUUUACUUCAUUUAUUUUAGUUUGGUCCUGCCAUCUGCCUUGACUCCUUGUAUCCGUGCCCCCAAUCCUCCUUGCUGUAUAGAAACUCUGGCUCUAUAUUCCUAUUUUAAUGCCAAAUUUGUGUUUACCGGUGUUCUAAAAUCAUGGCUCCAGAUAUGGAUCACAUCUCCAGAACUAGAUCUGCUGUUUGCCUUAAAAGAUUUUGGGACUUUCAAAAAAAAUAA